AUGAUGACCAAGACCGCGGCCCUCUACAAGGAACUCACUGGCGAUUCCUCGAUCCUUGCUGCUAAGCAUGCGAUAACUCAUCUUUUGUCUCCCUUUACUGCAGAUGCCAUUAGUAAGAAUUCCACAACAACGGCUGUGUCACCGGCGAAGUCACAAAAGCGAUCAUGGAAUCCCAUCCCCGAGAGUAUCCUAAUCCAAGCCACCGAUCGCAAUCAAUACAUGAUAUAUGGCUGUCGCGAGUUUGCCCCAGCGGGAAACUGGCCCGUGGAAGCAACUGUUUAG